GCGGUGCUCCGAAUACAAACGGUCGGCGCGAGAAGCGCGCCCCGGCACCGCCGUCGGGCCGCAGGGACUAGUUGCUGGAGGCUGGGCUCCCGGGUUCUCAGGUUGCAUAUGCUACCACCAUCUUUGCCCGUUGUGCGGGGCUAGAAGCCUUCUGAGCCCUUUCUUUGCUGGGCCGUUCUGGUGGCUUCAUUUGAGAGGAGCAGCAUUCCCAGAAGAUUCAACACUCAAGGUGAAAAACUAGAUAAUUUACAAAGCUGGAGUUGAAUCAAACGUUAAAUAAUGGCAACAGGUGACUUAAAAAGAAGCUUACGGAACUUAGAACAAGUGCUUCGCUCGCUAAAUUAUCCUAGAGAGGUGGAUUGUGUAGGUUUGAUAAAGGGAGAUACAGCAGCCUCUCUGCCCAUCAUCAGCUAUUCCCUUACCUCAUACUCACCCUAUGUAGCAGAACUUCUGGUCGACUCCAACGUUGAGCUCCUAGCAAAGAAUGACUUGCGCUUCAUAGACACUGUCUAUAAGCUUCUUCGUGAUCAAUUUAAUUAUAAACCAAUCUUGACAAAAAAGCAGUUUAUUCAGUGUGGAUUUGCAGAAUGGAAAAUCCAAAUUAUAUGUGAUAUUUUGAAUUGUGUGAUGAAAAAGCACAAGGAGUUGAGUAGUCUUGAGAAGACUCCAUCACAACAAAGAAAAAAAACCAGUUCUGCUAAGUCAGAACCUUGUUCAAGUGCUGAGAAGACAUCUACUGAACCUGUGGGCAUUGAUGUCACUGGCAGAUUUAUGACUUCAGGAAAGAAGAAAGCUGUGGUGAUCCGACACCUGUACAAUGAAGAUGGUGCUAACAUUCCUGAAGAUACAGAAACAGAUGUUAACAAAGCAUUUGAUGUUUGUGACUUAAAGGCUGCUGAAAUAAUUCCUGAAUUACAGGUUUCUGACAUUAACUGUGAGCAACAAGAUAUAAAACUCAAUCCUGAGGUUACUGCAUUACAGUCUGUGCUUGCUGAAUGCCAAGAAAAGCUUAAGAAACUGACUUGCAUAGAAAGUAGAUUAGAAUCUUUGGAAGAAAAAAUGAAAGGGAAGGUGAUGGUGAAUGAAAAAACCUGGGCCAAUCUUCUGAGUCGUGUCACUCUUCUCGAAACAGAAAUGCUUUUAUCUAAAAAGAAUGAUGAAUGUCUAGAGUUUAAUGAAAUGAGUGAAGACUAUGUUUCCAGUAGUGACAUGGACAGCCUCAAUCCAGAUAGAAAAAGCAAAGAGGAAAGGCAUGCAAAUAUUCCUUUGUCCUCUGGUUAUAGUACGGUGUCAUCAGAUUCAACUCCCAGAACCUCAACUGUUCAUUACUGUGGUUUGAAAGAGUUCUCAGAGGAAACAAUGCAGAAAAUGGAAAGGAUGAAAAAAAUAUGCUGAUUGACAGAUGAGCAGCCCACCCAACUGUAGGCAAAGAGCUUGGUCUUCUGGGGAAGAUGAGUUUCCUUCCCUUGCCUCCAUAACUACCAGAAAAGACCCUUAACUCUGUACAGUGUGACGUGAGGGUGUAGCUCUGGAGUUGAUAUACUUGUUUGUGCCUGAGUGAAAAGCCGCCAUGUGGAACCCACAGAGGAAGGUAUGUGGUCACAGCAUUUAAGAUGCUGAAGGAAGCUUCUUGCAAAGACAGGUCUCCUUGUGGAUUUUCACUGCCAUGAAACAGUACACUGCUAUUAUUAAGAGACCUUAUGGGUAUAAUGAUGUAUCCAGAAAAUUAUGUGUAACUUUUGGGAAAAAUCAACCUUAUUUCUUUAAUUAUUUUCUCAUGACAAGAACUAUUUGAUAUAUAUGAUUUCUUAACCCUAAUACUUAGACACAUGUUAAAGAUAUAAGUAUACAACUCAAGCAAAUUAGCUUCAACAUAGAAGGUAUCAGUUGUUCUUAACUUUUCAGGUCCAAACCAUCAUUUAACAACAAUAACAAAAUUAAAAUGGCUUCUAAAAUCUGAAGUUGAUGUAGAAAAAUUUAUAGUGAGCCUUUAAUGUUUAAGAUUAGGAUGUAAAGAAUUAUUACAAAUAUGUUGUUGUUUAGUCACUAAACCAUGUCUCUUUUGCAGCCCCGUGAACUGUAACCUGCCUGGCUCCUC